AUGUUGUACAUAAUUGGUUUAGGGUUGGGUGAUGAGAAAGACAUCACUCUCAAAGGUUUGGAAGCUGUGAAGAAGUGUGACAAGGUUUACAUGGAAGCCUACACUUCCCUCCUCUCCUUUGGUCUCUCCACCAAUGGCAUCUCCAACCUGGAAAAACUAUACGGUAAACCCAUUAUCCUUGCCGACAGAGAAAUGGUAGAAGAAAAGGCCCAUGAAAUUCUCUCUGAAGCUGAUCAUGGCCAUGUUGCUUUCCUUGUUGUUGGGGACCCUUUUGGGGCUACCACUCACACUGACCUUGUUGUUCGAGCAAAUAAGAUGGGAAUUGAAGUCAAAGUAGUACACAAUGCAUCUGUGAUGAAUGCUAUUGGAGUUUGUGGUCUACAGCUUUACCGUUAUGGGGAGACUGUUUCUAUACCAUUCUUUACAGAGACGUGGAGACCUGAUAGCUUUUAUGAAAAGAUUCAAAGAAACCGAAUGAUGGGACUGCAUACACUUUGCUUGUUAGAUAUUCGUGUGAAGGAGCCCACACUAGAAUCUUUGUGCAGGGGAAGAAAAGCCUAUGAACCACCCAGGUAUAUGACAAUAAACACAGCCAUUGAGCAGCUCUUGGAGAUUGUGCAAGCACAUGAAGAACCUGCCUACACUGAGGAUACUGAGUGUGUUGGGCUUGCACGGCUUGGUAAUGAAGAUCAGAUGAUAGUAGCUGGAACAAUGAAGCAGUUGCAGUUGAUUGAUUUUGGAGCACCUUUGCAUUGCCUUGUUAUAACAGGCCCGACCCAUCCCGUGGAGGAAGAAAUGCUGGAUUUUUACAGAUGCAGGACAUAGAUACAACAUUAAGACAGCAAGACCGGAGUAAUUUAGCAAAAUAGACUUCAUUUUUUUUUGUUGUAGGAGCCCUUGUAUUUUUUUUCUUCCUGAAACACUUUUUGGUUUCUAAUCAGGGCCAAAAGUGAACUAAAUUCAUUGGUGAAUGAAAAAUUAUGUUUAGCGUGUUUA